UUCUUCUGCCAUGGUUUCCAGCUGUUUCUAUUUAUUUUGCACUUAACCUCAAAAGCACUUUGAUUUACUUUUUCUUUUGUGUUUCAACUGAUUUUGUGGUUUUUGUUAAUUUUCAUUAGUUAAAUGAUUAGUUAAUUGAACUAAGCUAUGGAUCAACUGUAUGUGGAGAUCGAGAUAAGCACUCAAAAUGCAAAAAGCGAAACAACCAUAUACACCAGCGUGCCUUCGUUUCUAGCGUUGUACACAUAUCGGUAUCUAAAGGAGCCUCCUAAUAUCAAAGUCAACUUUGUGGCCAGCAAAAUAACGAGUGGCAAGAUAGCGUUACGCAGCUCCCAGUUGCGACGCGAGCUGACCGAUCAACAUAUCACAUGUCGAGAUGCCGCCACACUCCCCGCCCUAAAGGACCUACGGCUGCCCAUCUAUGAGCGUGACGGAAACAUCUAUAUUGCGGGCACUUGUGCCGUUUGUCGGGAGCUCAUUGCACGGCAACCUAGCGCACAAUUACGACAGCUGCUGGGCUUUAAGGGCAGCUGUCUGCUGGCGCCAGCCGAAGCCUCGAUAUGGACACGUUUCUGUGAGGUCGAUGUUGUCACUUUGGUCAGCCAGCUGCAGAACGGCGAUCUGCCUUUGCGGGAGGUACCCGUUGAGGUGGUACGCUUUGAGCAGCACAUGAACCAGCCUGUCCGCAUGCACAACAUAUACAAACUGGCCAGGGAGCAGGCCAAUCAGACCUCGAAUGGUGUGCCCGUGAAGCGCAAGGAGCGUGUCCUCAUCGAAUGCAGCAUACCCAAGGAGCAGCUGCUUAUCGAGCACCGUUUCGCCGAAGGCAUCAGCUUUACAAUUGCCGAUCUCAUACUUUAUCCGUUGCUCCGUCUAGUCUUCCAGCACUGCGCACAAAUGCUGCCACAUUUUCCACUCACGAGCACUUGGUUCAGUGAGAUUGAUGCCUUUGACGCAAACUGUGCACGAAUCCUGCAUGAGUUGUAUGUGCCAAUUUUGGUAGCCCCAGCUGAGAACACUCAACUGCUUAGCAUACCCGACUGUGAAGAAGCCAGCCUGUAUAAGGCCGAUCCCAAGCGGUAUCGUCCUCGAAAUCGCAUUUAUACCAGUCAGGCAGAAGUCGAUACGGCUUUGGGUAAGCUUACCCAGCUGGAUUUGGAAUUUAGCGCCGACUCGGAACAUACAUAUGGAGAGCAGUUAAUCGACUGGCAGGGAAUUGAGCCAACGCAUGCCAAGAGCUCGGCCUUGCCGGAGGUGCGCCUGGAACGCAAGCGUCAGCAGCUGGAGAAUAUGGCGAAUGCUGUCGUAUCCUUGGCACAACCGGGCGAUCGCAUUGUUGACUUUUGUAGCGGAACUGGACAUCUGGCCAUAUUGUUGGCACUGAAACUGCCGCAGUGUGUUGUGAUUGUAUUGGAAAACAAGGCAUUUUCACUGUUGCACGCUCAGAAGCGUGCGUCCGAGCUCAAGUUGAGCAACUGCGUCUUUUAUCAGUGCAACAUUGAUUACUUUAUGGGAAGAUUUGACAUUGGUGCUUCGCUACACGCUUGUGGCACCGCUACCGACAUUGUUCUGCAGCAGUGUCAACGUGUAAACGCCAGGUUUGUGUGCUGUCCAUGCUGUUAUGGAUCCCUCCAGCCCAUGCCGCACAUUUCGUAUCCUUUGAGUGAGCGUUUUCGCAAGGUGCUCGAUGCCAAGGACUAUUUGUAUAUUGCGCACACGGCAGAUCAGGCACACGAGCUGGGCACCACCAAUUGCAAGCCGGAGACAACGUUGCAGGGUCUUCAUUGCAUGUGCGUUGUGGACACGGAUCGCAAGUUGCAGGCGGAGGAGGCUGGCUAUAAGGUGAUAUUGACACGCCUAAAGCCAGAGCAGUGCACGCCAAAGAAUCAUUUGCUUGUUGGACGCUAUAUACGUAGCUGAGACUGCAUUUAACAUACGAAUAUAUAUUAUAUAUAUGUAUGUGCAUUAAUUGCCUAACCAAAAGAGAUAAAUUUUCACAAAAUAUAUGUAUUUUCGUAUAUAUGUAA